AAGUGCAGCAUAUGCGGAAGUGCCUCUUUGUUGUCAUGGGUCAACAGGUGAUAGAUUAGCUGGAUAUUUAUUAAGAAAUGGUUAAACAGUGGGUCCGCGGGGCUAAGAUGGCGAGUAAAUAACACCUGGCUUUUCUUAAAUCCACCGCACCCUCAGGUUUGUUUGAUUAUUGUCUUGGAACUGGAGACAUGCUCUGGCGUGUUGGUUUACAAUUGGCUGCUUCUGUAACAUCUAAUAUUAACACACACAUCUCACUGCUGUCCACUGGCUUCUUAGUUCUCCUGCUAAAGACGGCAGCCGUUCCCUGUCCUGUCCGCUUUCCUUCUCAGAGCUCUUGUCCAUUAUGUGUCAUCUACAGCUGAGGACUUUGAUUUUUGUAGCCUGGGUGCUGGGUUACGUCGCCUUUCUGCUCUCCGUCAGAAAGAUGUGGACGGGGAAGUACGUCCGCAGUCCGCUGGUCCGUUCACUGUUCAUGAACAUGGUGAGCGACAGCGAAGCGGCGGCGGUGGAGACGCAAGAGUGGUACCGGUGCUGUCCUGACCGGCUCGGAGAAUCACUGCGACCCCUGUUUGUCCAGAGUAACAUGGACUCGGGAACCAAGGCUUUUCUGAAGCAGAGUGUAGAGAAGUCCGGCUGGCUCUUCACGCAGCUCUACCACUCUUUUGUAUCUACCGUCCUCAGCCCCAUGGUGUCACGCACCUCCAUUAACGGGUUUCUCGGUCGUGGGUCCAUGUUUGUGUUUUCCGCGGAGCAGUUCCAGCAGCUGCUCCGCAUCGGUCCUGAAUGGAGGGCUGAGAGACUCCUGGACCUCGGAGCUGGGGACGGGGGUGUCACAGGGGUGAUGGGGGUCCACUUCAGAGAGAUCUAUGCCACAGAGGUGUCACCCCCCAUGAAAUGGCAUCUCCAGAGGAGGAAUUACAAAUUGCUGGGUAUAGAUGAGUGGCAGCACACUGGUUUCCAGUACGACGUCAUCAGCUGUCUGAACCUGCUGGACCGUUGUGACAACCCUCUGCAUCUCCUGCGGGACAUCAGGAGAUCACUGGUUCCCAAAACGGGGAGACUCAUCCUGGCUGCUGUGCUCCCCUUUCAGCCCUAUGUGGAAAUUGGUGGACAGUGGCAGCGUCCAAAAGAACACCUGAAAAUUAAAGGAAAGACCUGGGAGGAGCAAGUGACCAAUCUGUCCAACGAGGUCUUCAAAAGGGUAGGGCUGGAGGUGGAGGCUGUGACCCGGUUGCCAUAUCUCUGUGAAGGGGACAUGUAUAACGACUACUACGUACUCGAUGAUGCAGUUUUUGUCCUCAAAGCCUCAGAUGAAAGUGAAGACCAUACUGACUGAAUAACAAUGACGUGCUGGACUGUCAGAGGCUCAUUUUCCUACUUUCAGUAGGUUACGUCUUGGCGGAUUCUAGCGCUGUUUUCUUUAGCUUCAUUCACAGACACAGUGUUUCUAACUUGUUUAGAUUUGGUGAGUCAGGUAUGAAGCUCAGGUAAUGUGGUUCCUACAUUUACCAGCCAUUUCAUGUGAUGUGAUACCUCUAUUUUUAGGCAAAAAAAAUAUAAAAAUGGCAGCUUGCCUCUUGAAAUGCUAAUGAAGAUCAAAUCUUCUGAGACAUAUCCAUGGAGCCAGUUUCCCUACCAUUUGCCCUUUCAUUCACAAACAGAACAUGAUUAACAAACUAAUUCCUUUAGUUUUGCAAAUACAAACUUGACUAUCAAACAAAUGCACAUUGCACUGUAUAUUCAGUGCACCAUGCUUCAGAAACAUACAUACAUGCAAACAUGCACACAAAAUGAUCACGACUUUUAGCUCAAUCUAUCCACUGUCUUUGUGUUAAAGCGGUCAUAUUUUGCUAAACCCACUUUUAUUGGUCUUUGGUACAUUUAUGUGUGUAUUUGAGACCCUAAUAGUUCCAAGAGUUUGAAUCUGAACCCCCCAGGUGCUGCAAAGCUAUCUUUAUAUUCAUUCCAGCAAAAAUUGAGUGGAUUUCUACAACCUGUUUCAAUUCCUGCUUAAUUUGUUGCAUGUAUAACUAAUUGUGUCAUGACAUUCACACAUAAGGUCAAGACUUCCAACGAACAUUUCUCUGAGUACGACAUACCUGUUUGUAAGCAGCAGCAGUUGUAGUAAAGUUCAGCUGUUGGUUGUAUUAAUGAGCACAAGUAGCUGAAUGGGACAAAAAGCAUGGUCAACAACAUGGGGUGGGAGUGGGGUGUGUGUGUGAAAUGGCUCAUUUGCAUUUAAAGGGCCAGCGCUCAAAACAACCUUUCUGGUAUCAUUAGUCAGAAAUAGUGUUG